AUGGCCAAACUGAAAAACGUGUACCAGAAUUGUGCACAUUGUUGCGAGCAUGACAAAGUGGUCAGUGCUGUGGACUGUAUCCUGUCCCUGGUUGGUGAUAAGAAUCCGGAGAACUACUUUGUCGCCACCCAGGAUUCUGGUCUCCGGGCAAAGCUGCGAGAGGUUCCUUGUGUUCCUGUGAUAUACGGUCUGAAGAACUCCCUGUUUAUUGAGCAACCAUCCAUGCAGCAACGUAAGUUUGCUCAGUUGGAUGGGGAGAAGCGUAUUCAUAUGGAAAAAUCAGAAUUUAAGAAGCUAUUGAAGGCGUCAUCGGAAGGAAAGGCAUCUGUUGAUGGAAGCACACAUGGAGUGGCGGAGAAAAGCAAGUUUAAAAGGAACAGAGCAAAGGGCCCAAACCCACUCUCCUGCAAGAAAAAGAAACCAAAGCCCCAACCGUCAGCUGCUCAAAAUCAGGGUCCGAAGGCCGAUGGCGAGGCGAAGAGGAAGAGGGAUAGGAAGCGCAAGAGAAACGGCAAAGACAGGACUCAAGCGGAGACAGUGAGCUGA